AUGUUAACAGUAAUUGCAGCCUCUCUGUUUUGGGCAUCUAGCGCCACUGAUACUACUGAAUCUGCUUUUGUCAAGAAAACCAUUUCUUCGCCCAAGAUCGUCAUCUUCUCCAAGUCCUAUUAUGACGGGCAGAACAUUCAGGAUGCCUCGAGUAAAGUUGUUGGAAGGCGUACAGUUCCUCAGGUUUUCGUUGAUGGAAAGCAUAUUGGUGGCUCUGAUGGUAAGAUUACUCCUUGCAGAAACAAUGCAAUCAUUUGUGUUAUCUAUUGA